GUCAAUUGCUGAUGAUGAUUUUUCUGCCAAAUUAUGAAGUCUGGUUUUAUGAUUUAGAAAGGGGUGUAUGGGAAAUGUGUCAAAUGUCUGGAGAGGUCCCAUCCCCAAUGUCAGGCACCUGUGGCUGCUCUCUGAAUGGAGACAUGUACAUAUUUGGGGGAUGCAAUGACAACGGACAGACCAAUCAGCUUUACUGUGUCAACCUCCUGGAUGGGAAAUAUAGCUGGAGGAAAGUGAACCAUAAGAGUGGCUCCUCUCCCUCACCCAGAGAUAAGCUCUCUUGUUGGGUUUUCAAUGGCAGUAUUUCUGUAGGCUCAUCUACUUCGCUGGAUAUGGUCAUAAGCAACUUGAUGACAUCAGUAACAAUAGAAGCUUCCUUAUGGAUGAGGCAUCAAGGGUAGAUGACAUCUAUUGGGGAUGGAACAAUGAAGUCCAUAUGUUUGACCCAACAUCGGCCAGUUGGAGUGAACCACAUACCAGUGGUCAUGCCCCUGACCCCAGAGCUGCCCAUGCCAGUGCAACACUUGGCAACAAAGGAUACGUAUGUGGAGGCAGAAUAAGGGAAUCCAGGACAAGUGACAUUUAUUGUCUAGAUCUAGAAUCAUGGACAUGGUCCGAAAUGAUAUGUGAGGAUUACAUAGCCAAGAAUGUGAAGAACUGCAAGCUGCUUCAAAAACAGCUUCCAUGUAUGCCCCCAAAACUACUGCCAGCUGUACAGAGGAGAAUGUCCUUUUUUCAGACAUCUAGGAAAAUAUAGCAUUUUCAUAUGUAAAUAUUAGAGGGAAAUUAUCAAUAGUAGACUACAGUAAAUUGAUAAUGCAGAGUUCAUAGUUCAUACUCUAUGUUCCACGUAUUACUGUUGAUAAGGCCUUCAGGGUAUGUGGGAAGAUUUGUCUUUCAAAAGAGUGUAGUUAAUUAUCAUUAUGUAUCCAUAUAUAUCUUUUUUAUGUUUUACAGUUUAUUUUAUAUUAUGACUGUGAAUGGGUGUGUUUUCUGCCUGCAAACAAGACUGUUGUAAUGUUUGAUAUCAUAAUUUUUUACAACUACAACUUUGCUUUGGCCACCACUGUAUAAUAACAACAUUCUAUAUGCAACUUUUCACUAACUUUUCACUAAAGUUGUGUUAUGGCUUUGGAAUGACUAUUACACGAACGCCACGCGAUUGGACGAGUCCUCUCCAGUACCUGGCUGCUGCGCUGCCUUGUUGCCAUGGUUUCGUCAACAUACAAGACACUUGGCAGCUUGCUCCUACGUUAACGCCACAACUCCGUGGUAACCUAUUCUACAAGCAACUCAAAAGUACUGAGAAACUUUACUUUUGGCAGGUUGCGAAUGAUUUGCUGUAUAAUAUCGGUUCAUAUUUCGUGUAACACCUUAAAAUUACUGUAGUAAAGUUGUUGUUUUGUGCUGGGAUAGCAAGCUAGCUACAAGAGUGAAAAGACUUUGUGGCUAACGUUACAGUAGCUAAGUUAGCUUAUCGCACCAAUAUGGAGUUCGGUUCCAAGCUCAAGGACCUGAAUAUUACACCGGAUGAAAUAGGCCGCUUUACCAAGGCUUUUCAAAAUGAGGAAUUCAGAAAGAUGCUGCACGAAUACGCAGAGGAAAUAUCAAAGCCAGAGAACAAGAAGAAAUAUGAGGAAGAAAUCAAGUUGUUAGAACAAGAGAGGGGCGUGGACAUUCAAUUUGUCCACCCUGAACCUUACCGAGCCCUGAAGACGAGUAUGGACGGUAGGCAGAAGUGCUUCAUCAAUGUCUGCAGCAAUGACAUGAUUCGUAAACCUGAGUUUAGGAGGGUAGACGAGGCUGGCAGAGUAGGGCAGCAUUGGUCACUACCCCACAGCUUGACACCUGGAACGCCAGACAGGGAUACAAAGGGGAAUAAGUACACAAUCUAUGAUGUUGUGUUUCAUCCAGACACUAUUCACAUGGCUGGAAACAACCCGAGAUUUAUGGAAAUGGUCGACAAAACUGCUGUUGAGGCUGUCGAGAAUGGGGGCAGAGUGAAGCUAGACAAAAACAAUGUAAGAGUUUUGAAAAUCAAAUACAAAGGGACACCACACGCUGCCGUCAUGCGCAAGCCCUUACCUGGUCAACCUGCCAAGGAAAAACCUUCACCACUUGACGAUCACCUCUCGUUCCCCUACCCCGACGAAAAACAACCAGACACGGCAACAAAUCAAAAGGAGAGCCGUAAACCGAAGGCCGAGAUUCAGUCCCACACCCAGAUCAGCCAGAGACAACAAAACGCCAAUUCACCCAAGGAGCCAACGAAACCACAUUACACUCUAAAAUACAGAUCAUUCAUUGAUUUGCAAGACUUCAGGUGUUCCAGAGAUUCAGCUCAGAGCCCACGCCCUAAAGAGAUUGUCAUCACUAUUGAUUUGCCUUUGCUUAGAUCUGUUGCGGAUGCUGAUCUAGACGUGACUGAAAGACUUGUUAGUUUGGAAUCCAAGAAACCAGCUUACAGACUAGAGGUGCCGAUGGCAUAUCCAGUGGAUGAAAACAAGGGAGAGGCAAAGUUCAACAAGCAAAAGAAACAACUGGUUGUUACUUUACCUGUUCUACCUCUGAAGGAGCCAACAGUCGCUGAAGUGUCUGGCCGGCAGCUUGUCAAUGAUGAUGGUGAAGAGGAUUUUGAGAAUAGUUAUGCAGCGCAGUCGGAAGACGCAACACGUGGCAAAGAAGAUACCCCCGACCACAGCGGACGUGGCAAAGAAGAUACCCCCGACCACAGCGGACGUGGCAAAGAAGAUACCCCCGGCCACAGCGGACGUGGCAAAGAAGAUACCCCCGGCCACAGCGGACGUGGCAAAGAAGAUACCCCGACCACAGCGGACGUGGCAAAGAAGAUACCCCCGACCACAGCGGACGUGGCAAAGAAGAUACCCCGGCCACAGCGGACGUGGCAAAGAAGAUACCCCGGCACCAGCGGACGUGGCAAAGAAGAUACCCCCGACCACAGCGGACGUGGCAAAGAAGAUACCCCCGACCACAGCGGACGUGGCAAAGAAGAUACUCCCGACCACAGCGGUUGCAUUGAAGAGGACAGCUCAGAAGACGUUCACUGUGAAAAUGCUACAUCACUCCGGUCUGAAAAUCAACUCAUCUCAGUCCUGGAUGACAAGAUAGAGUUUUCUGAACAGUCUGGUGACAUUGAGGAGGACAAGCAACACAAACUGAGAAGUGGUGAAUCACACCGAGCUAAAGCUUCAGAGCCCACUGAGUUUGAUGGCAAGACUGGGUGCUCUGACCAGAAUGAUGGACAGUCAGAUGACAAUAAUUUACAUGAGGUGGAAACAGACCCCUCAUCCCUGAGCGAGAGAAUAGAUGACCCAUCUAAUACUGCAGCAAUGGUCAUCCCAUCCAAUCUUGACAACAAUAACCAGGCCAAAGACUGCUCAUCCCCCAAGAUAGAAGAGAUCGUUGAAAGUCAAGCUCCAACUAAGGAUAAACAGAAGACUGUGCGAUUCAGUGAGCAUGUGGAGGUGGCUCAGUCUCAGGAGGAAGAUGACCUGCCUGUUGAGCAGACCUUUCAGGACUGUGAUAUGAGACCACAGCAAGCUCUGCUGACAGAAAUUAACCAGGAUGGACAAGAGGUGGUCAUUAGUGAUCAUACUACAUCUGCUGGUUUCGUUUUUCAAAACUCCUAUAUCUAUGACCUGGACUGAGUCUCAUGUCAAGGGACUUGCUCCGUCACAAAGAUACUAUAUGAAGUCUGUUGCUGAUUCAAUUAGUUGAGGUCUUGCGUGAAAACCUAAAAUCAUUUUAUUCAAUUGAGGGCAAUAGGAAAAAGUAUUUAAAAAGUUUAUCUGAAUGAGUGAAUCAGUAAGACUCCCAUGUCUUCAGUAUUAAUUUCAGAGUUCUCAUUUUGAAACAAUGUUCAUAAGUUAUUUCCCAUAUACUUCUUUCUACAAAAGGGAGGAAAGUUUACAUCUAGUAUGUUUAAGCAAUAAAGGCAGAGGGGGUGUGGUAUAUGGCCACGGGCUGUUCUUAUGCAUGACGUAAUGCGGAGUGCCUGGAUACAGCCCGUA